GAACUGUAGUCUGAUCUGAAACCAUUUCAUUAGCAAAAAGCUAUAAGCUAAUAAGUAUAUAUUACAAGCAGUACUCAAUAUUUACACAUCAACAACUCGGUGACAAACAAAACUUAUUUUAAACUAAAAUGGAAAUAGAAUUGUCUAAUAAAUUAGGUGUAGUGUUGUGUGAUUUAGAAACUUGUUUUACUGCACAUAAGUUAAAUUCUCAUGAUGACCAACCACAAGAAAAUUUUCAAUCUGAUGUAAAUAAUGAUAUUGCAAUUAUUGAACAGUCUGAUCAUGAAUCUGAAUGCAAUUUACCAACUAUGAACUCCAAAAGUGUUAAUGGAGACGAAAGAAAUUUAUCUUGGGACAAAAACUUAGUUGUUGAAGUUUGUGAUUUAAUGGUAUGUUCCAGAAAAAAUUGUGAUAUACCUGACUGUGAAAAAGACAAAAUUAGAGAACAAAUACAUGAACUAAAAAAAAGGAAAGUAGAUCAGCAAUACUUUCGUUCUAAAAAGAAGCAAAGAUAUAAAGAAGAGAAUGAUGAUGAUGCUUCUGAUAUUAAGGAAAUUACCAAUGGUAAAAAAGUUGACGAGAGUUCCGAUGAUCAUGACUCUGACAUUGUAGAAGUUUCGAAUGAUGAAAGUGAUCCAAACUUUAAAGAAGAAACAAGUGAAGAAGAAUUCUCCUAUGAGGAGUCUGAUGACUCUGAUUGGGAAGAAAAGAAUAUUCCAGGAAAAAGAAGAGAGAGAAUGAAAAAGGUAAAACUUGAAGAAAAAGAAAAGCAGAGAAAGAAAGAAAAAGAAAAGCAGACGGAAAAUCUAAGUAGUUAUGAGCUAGAAAGACAAAAGCAUCUUGAUGAUAAAAUGGCCUUUUUGAAAUCCCUAAUGAUUGACGAAAUUGUGGAUGAGCUUGAAGAAACUGCUAAAUCUCAAACUCAAAGGAAACCUAGAGUAACAAAGCCCAAAGAAAUUCUUGAAGUUUCAAGGAAAAGCAAGAGAAUGGAAAACGUGAAGAUAAAUUUGUCAGAGAAAGCUCUUGAAGCCAAAGUUUAUGAUAAUGCUACUACCUCUAAUGAAAAACCUGAAAUACCUUCCGUCUAUUCAUUUGAAGAUGCCUUACAUACAGAGGAAAAAGGUUCCUUGUAUGACUAUGAUAAAUACUUCAUGGAUAUGGAGAUAAAAGAAGAGACUUCUAAUACAAAGUAAAAUUUCUUUUACAUA